AUGAAUGGUACAGAUAUUGAUAAUUCCGUUGCAAAAUUUGCUAUUAAUGGCGGAAAUUUCAAAAUUAUUGAUUAUUGUGAAGAUGCAGGUUGUUUUUACGAUGGCUGCUUAAAAGGAGCUGCAGAAUAUCAUAGAAAUAGUAUAAUUAAGUGGCUUUUGGACAAAACUACCGAUUUUCCUUCGAUGAUUUCCGCAUUUAAAUUUUCAAACGUCGAAUUGAUAUAUUACAUGAUAAUAAACAAGAUUGGAGACAUCAAUUCUAUUGAUAAUCGUGGUAGAAACCCAUUAAACUUCGGUGUUCGCCACUUAUCAUUAAAUUUUAUUAAAUUUGUCAUUGAAAAUUGCCAAGCAGACGCUUAUCAUGAAGAUGAUCGCAAUCUAAACAUGAUACAUCUAUCAGCGAGAUACUCAAGGUACCAACUCGUCAAGUAUUUCAUUGAAAACAAAAAUUUAGGAAUAAUGAACGGAAAACUUCGAACUCCUUUAGUUUGUUCAAUGUCAGCCGGCAGCAAAGAACUUGUUAAAUAUCUUAUAGAAAAAGGCGGACCAGAAAUCGUCACCAAAAAGUCGCAAAGAUUCGGUGACCAACCAAUAAAUUACGCUGUCAAUGGAAAUAACUUAGAAUUUGUAAAAAUUCUUCAAAAUUCAAAUGCAGACAUGAAUGGAAUAACAGGUGGAUUAUUCGGGAAUGGAGAAAAUACGGUCAUUCAAGCUGUUAAGUUCUGUUUAUAUGAUGUUUGCAAGUAUUUAAUUGACAUUGGUGUUGAUUUGAAUUUGAAAACUUAUACUGAUAAAAAUGUUUAUUAUUAUGCAGCGAAAAACUGUGAUUUAGACAUGUUGAUACUUCUUAAAGAAAGAGGUGCAAAGAUGAAUGGAAUAGAAAUGGUUGCAGCUGGUAGUUCGCUUUCUAUAAUGAUUUGGCUGUUGAAUAAUGGUUCUCAUUUCGAAAACAAAUUCCACAAAAAUAGUUUGCACACGGCAGCACAAAAAGGAACGUGUAGAGAACUGGAAUUCAUACUUAAACAUGGUGUAGACAUGGAGAAGAAGGAUAAAUACGGAAGAACACCGUUGCAUUAUGCUGCAAUUUUGCCGAAAACUGUGAUUUUUUUGAAUCAUGAUGAUUAUUAUGAAAGAAUGAAAAAGUUGUCACUGGAAAAAGUUAAAUUCUUGUUGUCUAAGGGUGCAAAUGUUAAUGCAGCUGAUGAUGAUGGAAGAACUGUUUUGUGGAGAGCAAUCCACAACAAAAAUGAGAAACUUUGCGAGUUUUUGAUUGAUUACUUGAUAAAAUCAGGAAAAUCAAAGGAAGAAUUAAGGAAAAUGAAAGAUGAGGCUGAUAUGAAUAUUUACCAGUACAUGGAAAUGUGUUCUGCUGAUAUUCAAUGCAUUAAGGAUUUGUUUUGUAAUUCGAAAUAA